AUGACAGUGACCUACACCAACCGCGUGGCUGAUGCCCGCCUGGGCACCUUCUCCCAGCUCCUGCUCCAAUGGAAGGGCAGCAUCUACAAACUGCUCUACUCCGAGUUCCUCAUCUUCAUCUCGCUCUACUUCACCAUCAGCCUUGUCUACAGGCUGAUCCUGAGCGAGAGCCAAAGGCUGAUGUUCGAGAAGCUGGCGCUGUACUGCAACAGCUACGCCGAGCUAAUCCCCGUGUCCUUCGUGCUGGGUUUCUAUGUGGCCCUGGUGGUGUCCCGCUGGUGGGCCCAGUACGAGAGCAUCCCAUGGCCAGACCGGAUCAUGAACCUGGUGUCCUGCAACGUGGAUGGGGAGGACGAGUACGGGAGGCUCCUGCGCCGCACCCUGAUGCGCUACAGCAACCUGGUCAGCGUGCUGAUCCUGCGCUCCGUCAGCACCGCUGUCUACAAGCGCUUCCCCAGCAUGGAGCACGUCGUGAGGGCAGGCCUCAUGACACCAGAAGAGCACAAGAAGUUUGAGAGCUUGAAUUCUCCCCACAACAAGUUCUGGAUUCCGUGCGUGUGGUUCUCCAACCUGGCUGUGAAGGCAAGGAAUGACGGGAGGAUCCGGGACAGCGUGCUGCUCCAAGGCAUCCUGAAUGAGCUCAACACCUUGCGCAGCCAGUGUGGGAAACUCUACGGAUACGACUGGAUCAGCAUUCCCCUGGUCUACACCCAGGUGGUGACCGUGGCUGUUUACAGCUUCUUCCUGGCCUGUCUGAUUGGGAGGCAGUUCCUGGAUCCAGAGAAAGCAUAUCCUGGCCAUGAGCUGGAUCUCUUUGUGCCUGUCUUUACAUUUUUGCAAUUCUUCUUCUAUGCUGGCUGGUUAAAGGUGGCUGAGCAGCUCAUCAACCCUUUUGGGGAGGACGACGAUGACUUUGAAGCCAACUGGCUCAUUGACAGGAACCUGCAGGUCUCCCUCAUGGCAGUGGAUGAGAUGCACCAGGAUUUACCCAUUCUGGAGAAGGACCUGUACUGGAACGAGCCUGACCCCCAGCCACCCUACACUGCAGCCACAGCUGAGUACAAGCGCCCGUCCUUCCUGGGCUCCACUUUUGACAUCAGCAUGCAGAAGGAAGAGAUGGAGUUCCAGCCCCUGGAGCAGAUUAAAGAGAAUGAGGAGGCCAACCACUCCACUCCCUUGCUGGGACACCUGGGCCGCCUCCUGGGUGUCCAGUCCCCAAACUUCUCCAGGUCCUCUUCCCGGAUGAACCUGCUGCGCCGACGAGGAGAUCCCACGUCGCCCUUCUCCCAUUACACCUACCAGGACAUGGGGAAGGCUGGAAGCCCUUGUGGCAUCAGUCAGCCAAGGGGGGACUCCCAGGAGCAGUGGGACAGCGAAGAGGGAAAACUGAGGGAGUUUGAUGCUUUCAUGUCCACGCCCUUUUACGAGAGGCCUGGCUUCUACAGCGCUCCACAGACGCCCAUCAGCUCCAUCCCCAUGAUUUUCCCUUCCCGGCGCCCAGGGCGCAAGAAGCCACCAGCGCUCUCCAGCAUUGCUGCGUGCUCCACUUCCCUUCGGGAUGUCAUUGUCAACGCCUCCCCUUCCAGGGCCAGCGAUGUGGACAAGAGUCAGAGCUCCCUGGGCUCUGCUGCAAAGGAAACCUUUGUUUGGCCAACAGAGCGGAGUAAAGGCCCUGACUCUGUGGCCGUGACAGUAGAAGAAGGAAAGAGCAGCUCCAGGGAAGCUGCCACCACAGGAAGUCCAGGAGCGCAGUCCACAGCAUCCAACAGCCCCAAAUUCCCCUUCCUGCCAGAGCCCCCUGAGCAUGAGAAGCACAGCAGCUUCAAAAGCCUGAAGAGCUCCAAAGCCUCACGCCCACCCUGGCUAAACCUGGAGAGCACAGCCUCGGCCACUCCCAAUUCGGAGCAUUCCAGUGCCUUUCACACCCCCAGCAACAAAACCCCUGGAGGCAGCGCCUCCCUCUGCUUCUCCUUCACUCCCGUCACCUCUCCAGUGCUGGAAAGGUCCCACAAGGGCAACCUGGGCCCUGAGGCUCGCAGCCUGAGUUUGGAAGAUGCAGCCAGCGCUCCAGAGCAGCACCCAGAGGUUUCCAGGAACAUGAGAGACACUGGGAAUGGAAACACCAACCCCCCAGCUCCCAAAGAGCCCAGGAGAGCAGAGAGUCCAUCCCCCAAUGACUCUGGAAUCUCCCUAGCCGAGGGUGACUACGUGGGGCUGAUGGAGGUGAUCCUGGAGGCCAGUGAAAGCCCAGGGGAGGAGCAGAUGGACCAGUACAGCUAAAGGGGAAUCCAUGGAUCCAUGGGAUACCUGCCUUAUCCUGGCACUCACCCAACACAGAGGUGCUGGACAUGCAGCUGGAGCUCAGCCUGGGCUGAAACCAGCACUAAGGACACACUGCUCCUGGCCUCAGCUACAGCAGCAGACACAACUCAUGUUGCAAGAACAAAAGCACCAAAAAACCCAACCUGUAGCAAAAGAACAGGACUUUGAGUGUUAAAUAUUGCAGAAACCAGCCUGACCAGCCAGUUGUACCCCAGAACAGGAGCACAGUUAAUGUGGCCACUUCUCUCCUCACAGCAAGAAUGAGAGCUUGAGUCCUUUCUCAGGCAGGACUUGCACUCCUAACAAGAUAGUCCAGGGAAAAGUAAGGGACUGA